CACCUGACUGAUGGAGAUAUAAACAUGUGGAUAAAGAAGGUCGAGAAGGCGUCCGAGUUGGCUGUAUCUGAAGUGUUUUCAUCCCAGAAACGGCGCGCUGAUAAACCGAGUUGCGCUGUAGCCCUGCAAAGCGUGGAUCAGCUCCAGGACCAUGAUGAUGCAUACAGUGAAGCUCAGACUAUCCUUAGUGACUGGAUGAACACGAAGCUGCGUCUAGAGCUUGAAAUGGAUGAGGAAGAGCAGACUGAAGAGCAACCUGCAAAUCUGAACUAUAAAAACUUUAAUGGUACAAUUUUGAGAGAUAAAAAAUGCUCUAUUAACAGAUCAUAUUUGAUGAUUUUCCCUCAUCUGUCUUUUUCAGAUAUGUAUUCCCAACUUGCAGCUGAAGAUGAGAACUUUGAGGUGCGCCACUUCCUCCAGGACUUGAUGGAGACAGACAUGAUGGACUGUGAGACAGUACAGGGGCUCCGGCUGGACGUGGAUAAUGAGAAGAAGAGAAGUCGUGACCCGAACAUCACGAUGGAGAUACGACACCAGCAGGUCAAGGAGAGGCGUGAGCAGAGGGAGGCAGAGCGGGAGAGGCAGCGGAGGGAGCACGAGGCUCGGAAGGAGGCGCUGGAGGAGGUGAAGCGGCUGGAGCGCGAAGAACAGAGGAGGAGGAAACAGGAAGCUCAGAGACAGGAGGAGCUUUUGCAGCAGGAAGUGGUGCGCCUAUGCAGAGAGAUGCAGGAGAAGAGGGGCAUGGAGCAGCUGGCACGAAAGAGAGAACAAGAGAGGCUGGAGAAACAGAACACGGUCAAGAAGUGUGUUACGCCAAAACUUGACUUUGUUCCACAGAGGCAGCUGUGCAACAGACAGCAAGAAGUGGAAGCCAAGGUUCACAUCCUCAACCUGCAGUGUAUGCAGAAGCACUUCUCCGCCUGGUACUUUGUGGUGUUAGAGAAAAGGGUGCGGUUGGGUAAAGCAGCAGCACUCUGUGAUUGGAGGAGGCAGCUGAGGGCAUGGCGGGUGUGGAGAGCGCUGGUGUGGGUGAGGAGAAAAGAGAGAGAAGCUAAGAGGACAGAGGAGGAACUGAGGCUGGAAAACAGACGCUGUCAGCUAGCAGAGGAGAGCGAUCGAAGACGGAUCCUGAGGCGCUGCCUGAGUGAUUGGCGUCUGUGGUGCCGAAUGGAGAGAGAACGGAGGGAACUGCUCAGCCAGCAGGAGGAAACCAGGAGGAAAAUGGCUGCCCUGAUCGAUGCAGCUGUUUCAGGCAAACUAACACCAAAGGACUGCACUGAACCACCAAUCACAGUCCAGCCAGAGAGCACGAACCAACCAGAAAACACCAUUCAGCUGCUUCAGGCCCAGGUACCAGUACGAAGAGCCACUUCGGCUCCCCAGCUACUCCCUUUGACUGACAGGAGAGCAGCCCCACCCACUCAGGCCUGGCAAGUGACUCGUCGUCACGCUGCACUUUCUUUAGCUGAGGCUCGGGAGGGGCGGAUAUCGAGUGGCGCCCCCCGCUGUCAGAGCGCAGAGAUGCGCGGCGGACGGUUUGAGCAUCGACACCUGGCUCAGCAGAGGACCAUCGCUGAGCAGAAACGCCUUCUUAAAGAACAGCAGGAUAUUAUCUCUGAGCUACGGGAGAGACAGAACCUUCUGGAACUCAGACAGAAAGCAGAAAAAGCUGAACAGCUAGCAGUCCAGCUGAAACCAUCAGCAUCUCAGAAUGUGAUCAAGACAAGUCACAGAUCAAAAGGAGUCUCGGGUGAAAGCAGCGCCAGCCGUCCAGCCCCUAAAGAAUGUGACAGUCGCCUAGCCAGCCCUCAUCCUGCAGUACGAGCUAUGGAGGAGCGAGCGCGGCAGCGUGCGGAGCGCAGGAGGGAGGUGGAGGAGAUGAAGAGGAGGCGGGAGGAGGAGAAGCUGGCUCAGAUGAAGGCGGAGGAGGAGGAGAGACUGAGGCAGGAGGAGGAAGAAAAGCGCAUAGAGGCAGAAAGGAGGAGGGAGGAGAAAAGACAGAAGAAGGAGAGGGAGAUGGAGAAGCAGAGAAGAAUAGAGCUGGAACAGAAGUUGUUAAAGCAGGCAAGAGAGCACUAUGACCGCUACCUGCUGCUGCACAGAGGAAUAACACCAUGGAAGCAGCUGGUGGAGCAGAGCCAUGCCAAUGCUCAGAAAGCUGUGGUGCAUCACACACAGGUUCUACAAAGACGCUGCCUUCUGUUUUGGCAACACACAACAAGCGAGGCCCUGGCAGAGAAAAAAAGACGUGCAGGCCAACUAUACGAGCGCAUUCUCCUCCGGCGAACUCUGUACAACUGGAAAACGUUUAAGCACCUACAGUCUCACCUGGAGAUACAAGCUGAACACUUCUACACAACUCGGACUCAUAGAAAGGUCUUCAAGGCACUGAUGGAUUACGCGAUCCACCAGAGACUGGAGACAUGGGACAGAGAGCAGCAGGCUGACGAACACAGUGCCAGGGGAGCACUGAGGAGAUGUUUCGCUGCAUGGCGGCGUCUGCCAGAGCUGCUGCAGGAGGAAAGACAGCGAGAGAAGCGAAGAGAGCAGCUCCGACGCAAAGUGUCCGAGAUCCUCCCGGACUUCCGGUCCUCAUUGCUGGACACACACAUCUAACGAAAACAGGUUUCUUGCCUGUUUCUUGAAACAUAAAUUGCUGGAGUUCAUGAAAAAAUGCGUACAAAAAAAUUCAGGUGUGACGUUUAGAAUCUUUUCAAAACUUUUAUUUUUUGAGUCACAAUCAAUUUGAGCAGCUCAUCACUGAUGCAUCGUGAUACACAGAUCAGAACAAACAGUGUGUAGCUGAAACCUGUGUUCUUCCAUGAAGUUGUAUUUUUUGCUCAUGUGUUUUUAACAAAAUGAGAUGAAAUUCCAUAUGUUCAUUCUGAGCUGAUUUUUUUUUUU